AUGAUCGACAUUUUGCCUACCGCUGUUAAUUUCAACGUCCAUCCGUAUUGGUACGGAGAAGGCUGCGUCUUUGUUAGAGACGUCUUGCAGUCUACUUGGCUUCCUACCAGGGAGCUAGUCACUCACGAUAACAAAAGAGUGUACUUUAACUGGGCUCCUGGAGAGUUCGAGUUCUUUAUGCUGCACAAGUACUAUGCUUUCGACAACUUUGGCUCAAAGUGCAUUGCCCAGAGCAUCUACUUCAACAAGCUCCGGGAAUCCUUCCACGACAAGCUCCGCUGGAAGCAGCAUGUGGAGAACUGGAAGGCGAAGGUCCGGGAAAAAAAGAAGGUUGUUGAAAAGAAGCAGCUCAAUGCUGUUGUCAACGACGUGAAGGAGAAGAAGAAGAAUCAGAAGAGUACCAAGGAGAAGAAGUCUGGUCAGGCUAGACCUCCUCCCAAGCUGAUUCUCAAGGAUACCUCCAAGGAAACCUCCAAGGCGAAUCACCAAAAACAGCCAAAACAAGUCAGGUUUGCUGAGACCAACGAGGAAGCAGAAUGUGCUGAACCAGCCGUUGCAACCCAAGUCCCCAAGAAGACCUCCAAGCUUUCCAAGAGAAGAAAGGCUCUCAAGAACAAGAAGAAGAGAGAGGCGAAGAAAGCUGCGAGAAAGGCGGCAAAAUCGCCUCUUGAGGGCCAGACGGAGGACUACAAGGUCACCAAGACAUGA